GGAUGUUCGUUUCGCAGCCGCAGGUGGCGCUGUGUUAGCGGUCACCCUUUGAACUGCAGCUGAAGAAAUAACACGGAGAAGAAAAGACGUCCUGCUUCCGGUUCUGACAGAACUAGCUACUAGUUAGUUAGCAGCUGACUGGACGGCUAACAGCGGCGGAGGAGAUGGACGGUGAGGACGUCCAGCAGCUGCUGCUGAUGAAACAAGAAGUUCCCUCUGAGCAGCAGCAGCAGCAGCAGCAGCAGCAGUGCCACUCCGGUGUGGACCAGGAGGAGGCGCCAGAGCGCCCCCACAUCAAAGAGGAAGAGGAGGAAGUGAGCAUCAAACACGAGGAGGAGGCGGAGAUCAUCACUGUGACUGUGAAGAGCGAAGAAGAUGAAGAGAAACCUGAGUCCUCACAGCUUCAUCAUCACAGUCUCACUGAGGACAACACAGACCACUGUGGACCACCAGAACCAGAACCAGCCAGCAACUCGGGUCCAAAUGGUCCUGAGUGCCAGACUGAAGACUCUUCCGAGACUGAGGACAGUGACGAUGACGGGAAGGAGACGAGUGAAGCGUCAGGUUUAAAAGCAGUAACGGGAAACAACGGAGAGAACGGGUUCAGCUGCUCUGAGUGCGGGAAAGGAUUCAGCAACAAGAAGAACCUGAGGAAACACGAGAAGAUUCACACGGGAGAGAAACUGUGCAUCUGUUCAGAAUGUGGUUUAAGAUUCAUCUACGAGUCCAGUCUGAAGAGACACGUGAGGAUUCACACGGGAGAGAAGCCGUACCGCUGCGCCGAGUGCGGCCAAGGCUUCGUGUACAAAUAUAAUCUGCUGUCGCACAUGUCGUCGCAUUCAGGAGAGAAACCGUUCACCUGCUGCGAGUGUGGGAAAGGAUUCAUGCAGAAGGUCGAUCUGACUUCACACGAGAAGAGCCACUUAGGAGAGAAACCGUUCUGCUGCUCCGAGUGCGGGAAGUGUUUUGUCAGGAAGAGACAUCUGAGGUCACAUGAGAAGAUCCACACGGGAGAGAGGCCGUUCACCUGCUGCGAGUGUGGGAAAGGAUUCGAUGAUUUUUGGUGCGACUACUAA